AUGGCGGACGAGGGGCAAGUCUGGCUUAUCACAGGGACAACCUCGGGUUUCGGUCGCCGCCUCGUUGACCAACUCCUCGUGCGGGGCGACCGAGUCAUCGCAACUGCGCGUUCCCUAGACAAACUAAAGGACCUCGAAGCGCGACCCGAAAGCCCCGUGCGGCUACGCUGCCUGCAGCUCGACGUCACGGCCGCCCAGGACGUUAUAAACUGCACUGUACAAGAUGCCAUUAAUGACUGGGGACGCAUCGAUGUGCUGGUGAAUAACGCUGGCUUCGCGAUGCCUGGGCUUCUCGAAGAGGCUGGAGCUGAGGGUGCCAUGCACCAAUUCGACACGAAUUAUUUUGGAGUGGUGAGGGUGACUACAGCCGUCCUUUCUCAUAUGCGGGAACGCUCUUUCGGGACGAUCGUGAUUAUUGGGAGUAGGUCAGCUUGGAAGGCUGAUAUUCCUGGAGUCGGGCAUUAUGCCGCUUCCAAAGCGGCCGUGCACGCAUACGGCGAAACUCUCGCCGCCGAAGUCGCCAGAUUCAACAUCAAAGUCCUGAUCGUCGCGCCGGGGCUCUUCCGCACCGAGGGCAUCCACACCGCACCUCCCUACCCAGGUGCGCACAUCCCCAUGUACGACCCCGUCCGCGAGCGUGUCCUAGCGCGCUUCGCGGACCUGCGCGCGCGGACGCGGGAGGACAUCGGCGACCCCGAGAAGGCGAUGCGGGUGCUCGUAGACGUGGUGAAGGGGCAGGGCAAGGCGGAAGGGAAGAAGUGGCCGCUGUUCCUCGUGAUUGGGGAGGACGCGGAGGAGGAUGUGAGGAAGCAUGGGAGGAGGAUGGAGGGGCUUAUGGAGGAGUGGGGGAGCGUUACGCGGGACACGGGGUGGGAUACGUUGUGA